AUGGCGAAACCAUAUGUUAAAGAAACAUCACGGAAAAUAUUUUCAAGCCACAAGACGUGGGCCACGCCCAUCAAGUCCGCCGGCGCGAGCGAGGCCGACUCGUUCCACCGCGCGGUCAGCUGGGUGCUGGCCAUGGCGCAGUGCUUCGCCAUCAUGCCCGUGCACGGCGUGCGGGAUCCCUCCCCCCACUCACUGAGAUUCCAGUGGACAAGUCUGCGAGUGAUCUACGCCAUGUUUAGCCUCGUGGGAUCGACGGCCUUCGCUGUUCUCAGCUGCCUGCACAUGUCUUCGCAAGGUCUCACCUUCAGCCGCACAUCGCCCACGGUGUUCUUCGCGUGCAGCGCGCUGGCGUCGCUGCUGUUCCUGCAGCUGGCGCGGGACUGGCCGGCGCUCGCCGCCGCCUGGGACGCCGUCGAGAGGCGGCUGGAGCCGCGCUACGGCUACCCCAGGGGCGUCGCGCGCCGCUGCAGGCUCGUCACCGCCGCUGUGCUGCUCAGCGCUCUGGUGGAACACCUGUUGUCCAACGCGCCGACGGCCGUGGAGACGUACUACUGCUCGCCCAGCGGCUUCGCCUUCCUACGCAUCUACUUCACCAGCAAGUACUACUACGUGCUCGACUACUUGGGCUACAACUUCGCCGUCAACUUCUGCACGGCUUUUAUAAGCAUUAUCGCCACGUUCGCGUGGAACUACGUGGACCUGUUCAUCAUCCUUCUGAGCAUCGCCAUUACGGAGCGAUUCAAGCAGAUCAACAUAGCAGUCAAGUCGUGCACGGACAAGGUGGUGGGCGAGCGCGAGUGGCGGCAACUGCGGCUGGACUACAACAGCCUGGCGCAGCUCACCAAGACGGUCGACAGGCACGUCAACAAGAUCGUGCUGCUCUCCUUCGCCACCAACCUCUACUUCGUCUGCCUCCAGUUCCUUCACAGUACAGUACUACAGCAGGCAUUUCUCCUGCUUCAGAGUCACAUCUUUGAUCUACCGCCACUGGCCAGUGCGGUGGAGACGGUGUACUACUACUGGUCGUUCAUCUACCUGUUCGCCAAGACCUGCCUCGUCUCACUAUCGGCUUCAGACAUCUACGUCCGGAGCAAGGAGCCCAGCACUCUGCUCUACUCCGUGCCACCGCUGGACUACAGCUCGUCGGGUGUUGCCAGGCUGGACGUUGGCGAGGGCGUGGCGGCUUCUGUAGCCGGCACGGACGGUGCGACUGCUGGCUCGGCAGCUGUCGUGGCGACUGCGACGUGCAAUUACCUGGCGCGACCCACAGGUAUCAGGGAACGCAGUCUCGUGGAGCGUUUCCUGAGUCAGGUGACCUCUGACCACGUGGCCCUGACGGGACUCAACUUCUUUCCCGUCACGCGCACGCUGCUCCUCACGGUGGCAGGUACUAUUGUGACCUACGAAAUUGUUCUUGUGCAACUAAAUGCGCCAUCAGACGUAGCAGACGUUGCCGGCGAAGAAUCUGGAAACAGGACUGCCCUUUGCGAAACGUUACGACUCUAAGCUGUCCGCUCAUCCUUAAUAAAAAUCUUGAUCAAUGAAAAUUGAAAUAAAUCGUGGAAGAGUGUCUGAUCUCUAGGAAGUACAAUCGUGUAGUCGUCUAAACUACAAUAAAAUAAUUGC